UAUUCACAUAUGCAGAAAAAAAAGCGAAUAUUCAUAAUUUCAAAUAUAUAGCGAAUAUAUUCGCAAUAAAAAUUCGAAAUGUGAAUAUUCGUGCCCAACACUGACAACCCCACAAAACUGACAUUUAGUGACAGAAAUGUCUGCGCUACAUCUCCUGAGUGUGAACAUGCCCUUAGUCACGCUUUUAGUAAGAAAAGCUUAAGGAAGCUGUGGUUUAUAGGGAAGCUCAUUGUGUAUGUUGUGUGGUAUACUGGCAUGGCGUUAGUUUACGUGUCUCAUGGCGCCGUGCCCACGAGCAUUCUCCUCACAGAAGCAUUCGCAGUGAAGUGACUUGUCCUAGAGAAGCGCUGCUCUGUAGACUCCGAGAGGCGCCAUUCCAGUGUGAGCCGCUCCACACCACAUGUUCCGCCAGCUUUCCCUCCUCUCCCAGCUGACUAACAGCUCUUGUUUACUGGUUGGAUAUUGGUUGGAAAGGGGGGGGAGAGACUUUGCAAGAACUAGUAAUACAUGUCUAGGUUUUGAGACAAUUUUCAGGGCUCGGGCGCAUUUUUCUCGCUUUUGGCUGAUUGUGGGUCGAGGCGCACAGUGUGAACGGCUAGCAGCGGCCGGCUCGUCAGGACCUCGCGGUUUUGUCGCCGUCUCCUCCGGGCUGGAGACAUAUUAGGUGACCGUGUCUUGGAGGAUCAUGCACUGGGCCCCAGAGAAGAAUUCACACAUGCCUCUGGCAGCGCUGCCCCGCAUUGUGGCUGUUGUGAGGCUUUCUGCUUAGGAAUAAAGAAAAGCUGCAUUUACGUUUCCUGCUCCAGGAAGUUCUUUUUUUCCCAGCCAUAUUCUGGAUCUUUUUAUGGAUUUUUGAAGAAAAUUAUAUUUUCCUGUCUCCUCCGGGAAGGAAAUAACAAAAAAGAAAUAAACCGUGUGAGAGGAAACGAUCGUUUAUAAGCGGAGAUCUGGAGACGAUCUGGGGCUGCACGUAAACAUCUGCUCAUUCCUGAAGAAGCCUGAUCGGGGGAAUCUUGGUGGGCACCAUCUGCCCUCUGCUAGCUGCUUCUGUCCCCGGCCCAUCAUGCUGGCACAGUAUGUCAGCUGGAAGAACCACAUUAUAAAAUAGGGCAGAGCUGGGAACCAUCGAGUCGGGCUGUCUAGUAAUUGUCGGGAGACAAGACAGGAGUGUGCUGGGAGCCGCCGGGACGAGGCUUGGCAUGGGACAGGAUGUGAUUGGGGGUGUGGGGCACCCCAAUAAUAACCCCGUACGUAGACCCAGCUGGUCCGCUCUCCUGGCAGUGCUCACUGUCAUUCUCGUUCUGUGCGGUCAAAGCAAUGGAAAAAUUUGUCCCAGUAUGGAUAUCCGGAAUAACUUGACACGAUUUGAUGAUUUGGAGGAAUGUACUGUGAUCGAAGGCCAUCUUCAAAUUUUGCUUAUGUUCACCACCCAACGUGAAAACUUCAAAGGGUUGAGUUUUCCUAACCUUACAAUGAUAACGGAUUACCUCCUUCUCUUUCGCGUUUACGGCCUGGAAAGCCUCAAAGACCUUUUUCCAAAUCUUACUGUCAUCCGUGGUAAGAGACUCUUUUUCAACUAUGCCCUGGUUAUUUUUGAGAUGGUUCACCUAAAGGAGAUUGGGCUACACAGUCUUAUGCAUAUAAGCAGGGGCUCUGUCAGGAUUGAAAAGAACAAUGAACUUUGUUACCUUUCCACUAUUGACUGGUCAAAAAUUCUUGAGUCUGUUGAGGACAACUACAUUCAACUCAAUAAAGAUGACAAAGAAGAAUGUGGGGAUGUGUGUCCAGGUGCUUUAAAGGGAAAGAAUAGCUGCCCAUCUACAGUAAUAAAUUCAGUUUUCGGUGCUCGCUGCUGGACACAGGAUCACUGUCAGAAAAUUUGUCCAGCGGCAUGUAAGUACCAUGGCUGUACGUCCGAUUACCGAUGUUGUCACAGCGAGUGCCUUGGGAGCUGCCUGGAACCAAAUGAUCCAACCAAGUGUGUGGCAUGUCGUAAUUUCCUUCACGAUGGAAAGUGUGUUGAGUCUUGUCCACCUGGCUCAUACAGUUUGCAAGGAUGGCGUUGUAUCAGCUUCAGUGAAUGCCAAAUGCUUCACAAAAAGUGUCAGAAUUCCACAGACAGCUCCUGUUCACGGUAUGUCAUUCACAAGGGUGAGUGCAUACCAGAGUGCCCGUCUGGAUUUACCACCAACUCUACCACUCUCACUUGUGAGCCAUGUGAAGGUCCUUGUCCAAAGGUCUGUAUAGUGAAAGAAAAAGAGAAAGUUAUAGAUUCGGUUACUUCUGCCCAAGAUCUCAGAGGGUGCACAGUGAUCAGUGGGAGUUUGGCCAUCAAUAUCCGGGGUGGCAAUAAUAUUGCUGCUGAGCUAGAAGCGAACCUUGGUCUAAUCGAAGAGAUUACCGGAUAUCUUAAGGUCAGGCGAUCUUAUGCUUUAGUGUCUCUGUCAUUUUUCCGAAAGCUACGUUUAAUUCGCGGGGACUUCCUUGAAGCAAAUGAUUAUGCCUUUUAUGCUUUGGAUAAUGCCAACCUGCGGCAACUAUGGGACUGGCAAAAGCACAAUUUGACAAUCACAAAAGGAAGACUCUUUUUUCACUACAACCCUCGGCUCUGCCUGAAAGAAAUUCUUGAGAUGGUGACUAUAACAGGGGCAGAAAAACGCCAGGACAAAAAUGAUGUUGCGACAAAGACUAAUGGGGACCAGGCAUCUUGUGAGACUGAUGUGCUGCGCUUCAACUCCAUAAGAUCAGACUCCAAUAAGGUGUUGAUUCGAUGGGAGCCCUACUGGCCGCCUGACUACAGAGAUUUGCUUGGAUUUAUGUUUCAUUAUAAGGAAGCACCCUAUCAGAAUGUUACAGAAUUUGAUGGCCAAGAUGCAUGUGGCUCCAAUAGUUGGACAGUAAUCGAUGUGGAUCCUCCACAACGUACUACAGAUGGCAAGACUCCUAUUGCGCCAGGGCAUCUUUUGCGUAAUUUGAAGCCGUGGACACAGUAUGCUGUAUUUGUCAAGACUCUAGUGUCUUCAUCAGAUGAAAGAGGAAGAACAUAUGGAGCAAAGAGUGAGAUCAUCUAUAUAAGAACAAAUGAAUCCACACCCUCCGUUCCUCUUGACCCAUUUUCUAUAACCAACUCCUCAUCUCAGAUUAUACUGAAAUGGAAACCACCAUCUGAACCCAAUGGGAAUGUCACUCACUACUUGGUGUAUUGGCAGGAACAACCUGAUCACAGUGAACUGCUUGAACUCGAUUACUGUAUGAAGGGGAUAAAGUUACCCUCCAGAACAUGGUCACCUCCUCAAGACACAGAAGAUUCUGCUAAACCCAAUGGAACAGAGACUGAGGAUUCAAAUGCAGCUUGUUGUACCUGCCCAAAAAGUGAAGCUCAGAUUAUGAAUGAGCACCUCGAGCAGGCAUUCCGAAAAACCUUUGAGAAUUAUUUGCACAACGUGGUCUUCAUUCCAAGACCUUCUAGAAAACGCAGAGAUACCUUUGGUGUUGCAAACGGUACUGUCUCAGAUCAAGUGACACCCAAUCCUUUAGUCAAUGCAACCUCAACUGGAGCACCUGACGAUAUGGAGCCUAAGAAGUUUUCUCAGAAGGUUUGGUUCAAGGAGUCAUUUGUCAUUUCUGACUUAAAGCAUUUCACUGCAUAUCGAAUUGAAAUCCAUGCCUGCAACAACGAUGUGUCACUUGGCUGUAGUGUAGCUGCAUAUGUCAGCGCCAGAACCAUGCCAGAAGCUAAAGCAGAUAACAUUGAGGAACCAGUGACGUUUGAGUAUAUUUCACCAUACAUCCACCUCACGUGGAAAGAACCAAAGGAACCCAAUGGCUUGACCGUCUUGUAUGAGGUACAAUACUCCCGGCUUGGAGACACUCAGGAAGAAAAUGUCUGUGUUUCCCAGAAACAGUAUCUCCAGGAUAAGGGAGCAAAGCUGCGUUCACUUCUCCCAGGGAACUAUAGUGUGAGAGUUCGGGCCACUUCUUUAGCUGGAAAUGGUUCUUGGACUCAGACUACUUAUUUUUAUGUACCAGAUAAUGACAAUUACCCAAGUAACAUCUUAAAGAUUGUCAUAGGUCCAGUUCUCUUAUUGUUUGCCUUCCUUGUCACUUUGAUAGUCUGCAUGAUCCAGAAAAAAAAAGACGCAGAAGGACCAACAGGACCAUUAUAUGCAUCCUCUAACCCUGAAUACCUAAGUGCUAGUGAAGUGUACAUUCCGGAUGAGUGGGAAGUACCAAGAGAUAAGAUCAACUUGCUUCGAGAGCUAGGGCAGGGUUCCUUUGGAAUGGUUUAUGAGGGAAUUGCCAAGGACAUCAUAAAAGGAGAGGCAGAGGUUCGGGUGGCUGUGAAAACUGUCAACGAGUCAGCAAGUUUGCGGGAGAGAAUAGAGUUCCUGAACGAGGCUUCCGUCAUGAAGGGAUUCAACUGCCACCAUGUGGUUCGUUUGAUGGGUGUUGUCUCCAAAGGACAGCCUACAUUAGUCAUAAUGGAGCUGAUGGGACAUGGUGAUCUUAAGAGCUACUUACGCUCACUGCGACCGGAUGCAGAGAAUAAUCCUGGUCGACCAGCCCCUACGCUUCAGGAGAUGAUUCAGAUGGCAGCUGAGAUUUCUGAUGGAAUGGCUUACCUUAAUGCCAAGAAAUUUGUACAUCGUGAUUUAGCUGCCCGCAAUUGCAUGGUUGCUGAGGAUUACACUGUCAAAAUUGGAGAUUUUGGGAUGACUCGUGAUAUCUAUGAAACGGAUUAUUAUCGUAAAGGAGGAAAGGGACUGCUACCUGUGAGGUGGAUGUCCCCAGAAUCUCUCAAAGAUGGAGUAUUCACCAUAUUUUCCGAUGUCUGGUCCUUUGGUGUAGUGCUCUGGGAAAUAACAAGUUUAGCUGAACAGCCGUACCAGGGGUUAUCCAAUGAGCAAGUACUCAAAUUUGUUAUGGACGGAGGUUCCCUCGAACAGCCAGAAAACUGUCACCCGAGGCUUCACAGUCUGAUGCAGAUGUGCUGGCAAUAUAAUCCCAAGAUGCGCCCCACGUUCUUGGAGAUCAUUAAUAUGCUAAAAGAUGACCUUCAUCCUAGUUUCCAAGAGGUGUCUUUCUACUACAGUGAAGAAAACAAACCACCUGAGAACGAUGAUCUUGAGAUUGAUUUUGAAAAUAUGGAAAGCACCCCUCUGGAUCCAUCUUCAUGUUCACUACGGGAUGAGGGACAGAGAGGAAACAUCUAUGAGGAACAUAUACCCUACACUCACAUGAAUGGGAGUAGAAAAAAUGGACGCAUUCUCUCCCUCCCACGUUCCAGCCCAUCCUAACACACAUAGCUCUGCCUCUAAAAUUUAACUACCCUCCGUCAAAUCUCAGGACAGAACUGUACCCAUGGCUAGAACAUCAAAACACCAACGCCCUCUUCUGGUUUUGAAUGUUUCAUCGUCCCAUUGGGUUCUCGACUGUAUGGUCUCGUGUGUGUGUGUGUGUGUUUUUUUUUUUUAUUCACUUGACAGGCUGACUAUUGGGCGAAACCGAAACUGUGAACAGACCGGAGGAAACUCCAUACUUUUCACUUACACUUUAUUGCCUAUUUAUUUCUAGUGGCUUCUCAUACUAGCAAGGUUAAUGUGUGCAAUGCUUACAAGUGGAAAAAAAAGUUAACGCAUUUGGAUGACUUUAAAGCACACACACCAAACAUAAUAAAACUGAAGCUCUAAAAGAAGGCAACAUUUAAAGCUCUGUCUUUACUUGUAAUGGAUUUAAGGAUAUUUAAACCUCAGUGGAGCUCUUUAAACCCAGGUCCAGCACAUUGGGAGUGUGUAAUUCAGCUUUCUCAGAAAGAAGUAAAGAUAUUCUGGAUAAAGACCAGUCAGUUUUACCUCACAUGGAACAUCUAAUAUGAUGACGUUCAUGUACCUUACAUGUUACCCCAUCUUCUACUCGUUUUCCUGACCUGCUGAAUCUUCAAUACAGUAAACAUAUCACUUGUUGGGCUUGUAGUUGAGGUGCCAAACUGUGCACCUGUAUCCAUGUUCCUUCUACAACUGCGUAUAGUUGUUUCCUGUUCACCUUGUGGUCAAGAAUCUGGAAGGUGCUAAUGGGGCAAUGUUUGCUUGUAUUGCGUAAACAAACCUUUGGGAUGGUCUGUAUUUGUCCAGAUAUGUUCUUCACCAGACCAAAAAGGGAGCGAUCUCUCACCAUCCCCUUUCCCUAUAUAUCACAACCGUAACUUCUUGUGUUCUAAAUAUUCGCUCCUUUUUUUUUUUUCUUUACACAAGCUGCAUACACCUUAGGUUGGGAAAAGUAAUUCGAAUCAACUUUGUACCCAUAAACUUGCAAAAUACUUUUAUUUUAUUUUUUUGUUUUGUUUUAGUUUUCAAAUUUUAAUGUAAGGUUUUAUUCAUACCAGUAAGGAAGGUAACUGGUCACUAAUAGUUUCUGUGGUUUGUGUAAAAGCUUCAUAAAUCAGGUCUUGCUUGGUGUGAACUACAAGUAAUAUAUAGCAAUUGCUUAUUUUCAUGUAUACGCAAUAUAUAUAUAAUUUUUA